UUUACCCGACUUGCGGCAUACAUCUCAAUCGUGUUAUUUCUUUUCAUAGAGUUCAAAAUGGCAAUCAAAGCUACAUCAUUUCUACGCGAUGGCUCGCUGCUCAAGACGCAAUGCUAUGUCAAUGGCGAGUGGGUCGGAGCAGCGUCUGGGAAGACAUUUUCAGUCGAUAAUCCCUCGACAAAUGUUGAGGUAGCCAAGUGCCCUGAGUUUGAUGAACAUGAUACAGAGGCUGCAAUUGAGCAAGCCCAAGAGGCCUUCCGGUCUUAUCGAAAGACAUCAGCCAGAACGAGAGCCCGCCUUCUGCGAAGAUGGUACGAGCUCAUGAUUGAGAAUGUCGAAGAUCUGGCACGCAUCAUCACAUGGGAGAAUGGCAAGCCAUUAGCCGAUUCCAGGACGGAGGUGAACUACGCUGCGAGCUUUUUGGAGUGGUUUUCGGAAGAGGCACCCCGAAUCUAUGGCGACACGAUCCAGGCCAGUAACGCCAAUUGUCGACUUAUCACCCAAAAAGAGCCGGUCGGUGUGUGCGGUUUAAUUGCUCCUUGGAACUUCCCUGCGGCAAUGAUUACACGCAAAGCUGGACCUGCUCUCGCCGCCGGUUGCUCUGUUGUCGUGAAGGCUCCUGCGGAAGCACCGUUAACAGCGCUUGCGCUUGCAGAGCUCGCUCAUCGAGCUGGAAUCCCUAAAGGAGUAGUCAACGUGAUUACAGCGUUAGACAAUACUGUAGCAGUUGGCAAGGUCCUUACGACAAAUCCUAUCAUCAAAAAGGUCUCAUUUACAGGCUCAACCCCGGUCGGAAAGCUUCUGAUGCAGCAGUCAUCAUCAACGCUGAAGAAAUUGUCCUUUGAGCUUGGAGGCAAUGCUCCAUUCAUUGUUUUUGAAGACGCCGAUCUCGAUGUCGCACUCGCUGGCUUGAUUGCGUCCAAGUUCCGGAUUUCGGGUCAGACUUGCGUGUGCGCAAAUCGCAUACUGGUGCAUAGGAACGUGUACGACAAAUUCAUCUCCAUGACGGUUGAAGCAGUAAAGCAAUUCCGGAUAGGAGAUGGUAUGGCUGAGACUACCACGCAUGGUCCCCUCAUUCAUGGCAGGGCGAUAGCAAAGGUUGAAGAGCAUGUCAAGGACGCGGUUUCCAAGGGUGCUCGCGUCGUUCAUGGCGGCAAGCGUCUUGAUCUCGGAUCCAACUUCUUCGAUAUUACUGUACUCGCUGACAUGAAGCCGGGCAUGAAGGUCGGCGUUGAGGAGACAUUUGGCCCAGUUGCUUCAUUCUACCCAUUUGACACUGAGAAGGAAGCCAUUGAUAUGGCUAAUGAUUCAGAGGUUGGUUUGGCAGGUUAUUUCUUCAGCAAGGACUCGAGUCGUUGCUGGAGGGUGGCUGAGGCCCUUGAGGUAGGCAUGGUUGGUGUCAAUGUCGGAGCCAUCAGCGAUCCAGCUGCACCAUUCGGUGGUGUGAAGCAGAGUGGUUUCGGGAGAGAGGGCAGCAAAUAUGGCAUUGACGAAUUCCUCGUCACUAAGAUGAUCAUGACUGGAAUCCAAUAGGGAAAUUAUUUGUAGCAUUUGCGAUCGUAGGCAAAGACCGAACAUAUAGAGGCUGUGGCAGUCCUUUGCUUUGCUAUGUUAGAUAAGGAAGCCCAAAAAUGAAUGUACAUAAUGUUUUGCAGCACGACUCCCCUACUGCGGUAUAGAGAAC